AGAAUUCUGGGACUUAAUAGUAGCAGUUGUUAGUUUCCACUUUGUUUUUCAGUAAGUUAGUGAUAGGCGAAAGGCUUCUCUACCUAGAGCCUUUCUUUUGUUUCUUUUUUGUAUCGAAGUAGUAGUUGCCCCUUUUUUAUUUCUUAGUCUAAAGUUCACAAGCUAUAACUUCCUUUAUAGCAUUCAGUCAUAUAUUGUGAUCGCUGUUUUAUCAUGUAUCUUUGGUAUUUUAUUUUUAGUUCCUACGGAUACUUUUUAGUAAAAUGGGAAUUUUUUUUUUGUGAGAAGUAGAUUUUGUAGUCCACCAUGUUCCUGUUGUACGAAGCUUCAAAGUUAAUUAAACAUUUAAAGUCUCUACUGCAACAAAUUUCAACAACUUAGCUUCAACUUUCGUUUUCUAUGGAGUUUGGGUAUUGCAGAACUGUUAAUUAAGGCUGAAUUUCUUAUGAAUAUAUUCUUAUGUUGUCAUUUUGAGAUUUUUGAUACAGUUGUUCUCCUGUAAUUCAAAUGCCUGGCACAAUGCAGAAUUAAUGGAAAUCACAAAAAGUCAGCCUGCAUUUUCUCGUGUUUGGUCUUGCAAAUGUUAGCUAUGAGAAAUGGACUGAGUUUAUAUUCCAUGUGCUCGCCGGGAAUACUUCAGCCAAUACAACUGCCUCCAACAGGAUUGGGCUAUGAAGAGGGAAGUGGAUUCUUCACUACCAAUGCAGGGACAGCAGGCUCAUUCUCUGCAAGCACAAGUGCCCGUAAUGUUUCCAACCAAUCCACCAUCUCAAUUCAGCCAAUUGUUGCUCCUUCAAUUGCAAAUAUUGCUAAUUUGGAAUCUUCAUUUGACUUUGAAGCAUCAGCCUACGCUGACUAUGGAUCCUUCAGCCGCCCUGUAUCUUCCAAGGAAAUCUUUAAGGAGGGAACAUCACAACUUCAAUUAGAAACGAAUCACGUCGGGAACAACCCUUCAUCCAGCGUGUCAUAGCCAGGCAAUCGUCCUCCCUUUGUUCAAAUAAAAGUCACCACUGCAAAUCAUACUGAAAGUGAGAUAUUUUUUAUACUUGUUCAGGUUAUUUUCUGUUGAGUUGUGACAAGUUGACACAUUAUGACAUUGAAGCUGUUGAUAUCCCUAAUUUUAUAAAGAAUCCCUUUUCAAUUCUGAGUGUGUUUAUAACUUUAUAUAUAUGUUGAAUGGAUGAUCUAUUUUUGGUGGAAAUUACAUGUUAGCCUUUUUAUUCUUUCAACUGUGGAUUAGCCUUGUAAAAUCCAAACCUUGGCGUGGAGUGAUUCCCUAUCAAAAUUCUUGUAAAUUAAAUCCUUUUAGUCCUCUGCUAUUUUCAGUUACAGCAAGUAAUUUUUCUUCCAAGUUACCUUGAAGACUUUGAGUGGACAAAGAAUGUUUGUCUACAUGCUGAAGCAGUCGGUGCAUUAGUGUUCCUUGUCCUUGAAUUUCUAUCUAACCCAAUCUAUAUCUAUCUUCCGUAUUAAAUAACCAAUUUUUUUGUAUAGCCAAUUUUUUUUUUUUUUUUUUAAUAAAGGUGGGGUUAUGUGGAACAGGCAGCCAAUGGAAUUUCUGAUCUAAGUUCAGACGCACACGCACUGUCGGUGGAGGACAUGUUUAAGCUCACUGCUGGAGAGAUAGAGCUUUGGCUUCUUAAUUACCUCUACUUGCAGAAAACAUUUUUGUGAGAACAUGGCACUUGGAACUAUUUGCAGAUCAGGAAAAUACUGCUUUUCUCUGCAGGAGCUGAAAAAAUGGAAAAUUACACUGUUUUUAGAAAGGCAUGCCAUUUUGGUCUACAAUAUUUAGACCUUAAAAGUAUGAAAGUUUUCUGUAUAUAGAAAGAGUUUAUAGAGAUGAAAAAAAAAAAAAAAGUUUGAAGCUUGGCCUUCAAGAUAUUUUUAUACUUUUCUUUUUAAUUGAUGUGAUGAGAUGAUAUUAAAGAGUGUAGGGUUGG